CUUUUGUCUGGUUGAUCAGAGGAAAACACAAAGAGAGAGAGAGAGAGAGAGAGAGUUCUCCUACCUCCUCCAUGAUUCCUCUCGCCUCCUCUUUGAUUUCCUACUGCUACGAUUCACGAUGAUGAAGAGGCGUUUCAUGUUCUAUAUUGUAUAGCUUUCACAAUGAUGGAUGCUCAGUGGCUUGUUAUGCGUGAUUCAUAUAGAGAGGAUUUUGAGAAGAGAAUAAAAGGUGGAUAUGUGUAUAGAAUCGGAGCUGGUUUCGUGUUCUACUUGAGGAAUACUACAAAGGGCCAAAGGCUCCAUAUCAUUUCCAGUAUUGACAAAUGUGAUGGCUUCGGAUGGGGUAGCUUCUACCUACUUUCAAAGUCAUUUCAUGACUGUUGCUUUCUUCAUCAGUGGAGGAACAAAUCUUGUGUCUAUGCUUUCUGGUUUCAACACAGUGACUCUUGCAACCACCCUUCACAACCUUCUCCCCCUUUUGACCCUGUUAUUUUCCACUACAUUUGUUUGUCUGAUCGCUUUCUAUGGGGUUUUAGGAAACAUUUCCUCAACUACUUAAUCACAUAAUAAGCAAAAGGAUUACAUAUCUCGCAUAUGCAAAGUGCAGAUUAUAGGUUUAUUGUAUAACUGCAAAAGACCUACUAUAGUAGUCAAGUUUAUGCGAGUGCUAAUAAUUGUUUUAAUCAAUGCAUGUACUAUGCCUUCGUAGCUA